AUGUGUCAACCUCGCGAUACGACAGGCUCGAUGCUAGCAGCAUGGUUUUCAAAUGCUUGUAUGUGGCCAACAAUCUACAAUCGAAUUCCAAUCUUCAACAUGAACAAGAGCAACUUUGUGUACCAAUCUAUGCGCAUGUUGUGCGCAACUCCCGAAUUUGGGGACCAGCUGUUCGACUCCCUCACCCCAGUGGACCUGAGCGCUUUGCUGUAUGCCUUCGACAUCUCCAUCACCAAGAAACAGUCCCAGAAAUAUAUGCAACUCUGGAGGCAGAUCUUCACAGAUAGAAGCUGGCUACUGUGGAUACUCUCGCAUGGCUUUGAGGUCUCGUUCGUGGGCAACGACCUAAUCACAAUGAUGAAUUGGGUUCAGAACCCAAGCCUAAUGAACCUUGGAAGGAGAAAGCUGUACCUGGGCCUGAACCUUGUCAGCUAUGUUGCGUCGCGGAAGUAUACGCUCUCCUCCUUUGAGGACUUCGACUUUGUUGUCUGCGAGAAGAACAAGCACUUUAGGGAAUUCGCCAAGAACGACAACUUCGAUCAGGUGUUGCAGUCAGGAAUCUACGCCAGAUACCGUGAGUUAAUCAUGGGACGUGACCUUCCUGAUGACCGUACUAUGCCCUUUGCCUGGCUGGAUCUCACUAUCACCAGCGCGGUGAAGCACGAAGAAGACUGCGAAUCUUGUCACAUUGGAAUUAGAGCCGAUCACAACAUGUCAACUGCACUGUGGUAUGGUGAAAAGACCAUGCAGAAAUGGGCCGUUCCCAACACUACAGGAAGCCCGGCUAUGGACACGAGUGUACUGUUGAAAAUGGACGCCUUAGCUAUGAACAUGCCAAUGAACAUCGGCAUGUCAAAAUUUUGGUGUGUCACCAGAGUUGUGAGCAGAGUUCCGUCCACAGGCGCGUAUCUCUUCUGGCAGCAACGCUCAUUCAAUUGUACGGAGAUCUUCGGAGAAAUCUCAAUGUCUGAUCGUGUAGAUAGAUUAUAG